UCUAUCAACGAGACACACAACUUCGAAUUCGGUCACGAUAUAUUUCGCUCUCACUAUUUUCCCAUAUUUCUCUAAGUUUUAUUUUCAAGAAUUACGCAAGGAUCGUCACAGACAGAGUUAUCUAGACAAGCAAUGGAUAACAUUCGUACCAAGAAAAGACAAUGGCGAUCACCCCGCCCAGACGACCAGCAACCACAAGGUCGUAAUCAGAUCCGCUUGACCAGGAUGGACGACACUUUGAAAGUGAUCCUGAGAAAAGAUAGUUGCCAGCGCAUAGUCAUUGACAAUCAUUGUCGUUGGUCAGAACCGAAACCAGCGAUGACGACAGUUCGAGACAGAUUUCAUUGGUCCAAACCGAAAUGUGAGGACGCUACGGCAAACAAACAGAGUUCUAAUGUCAAGCAGUUAUCAGACAAAACACAAACAAAGGCUGACUUGUCUCAACUUGCUGGAUUUUUAAAGAAACGUUCCUUCUCUGAUGGCACAAAUACCCACACGACUGUUCAUACCUCUGACGUCAUCAAGAAAAUCAGCCAUACCUGUGAUGACAAACCUGUCUACAAUAAUUACAGGAAUACGUUCUGUUCACCUCUAAAGGAGAACUCAAGUGACCAAGACAGCGUCCUUUGUGAUAUUAAGCACAGGACUGUCCUUGACCCAGCAACCAAACCUUCUUGUUUGAAAGCCGACAAGAGGUCAGUUGCUGUAUUUGAAACUGAUGAUGAUUUUGACUACAGCCUCGAUCUGAUGGGGGAGUACACCCUCAAAGUUAGUGACCAAUCAAAGAAACCAACGCCCUUUUGGUUUGAGGCUGGUCAGACUACUUGCAAUGUACCGUCUGUCAAACAAACAGUAACUCUUGACGCAGUGUGCAAGACUGACCAACGACCUUCCCUGAACGUGUCACUGGAUACGACCCGCUUGCAUCCUCAACAGUUCACUCCCGAAAUCGAUCUUGGAAUUGUGUUGGAUACACCACAGGACCAUGAAGAGUUUGACAGUAUUAUGAACAGUAGGCGUGGCUAUACAUAUAUUAACAACAGCAGACACAGAGGCAUGAAGCGAAGAAUCGCUUAUGAUGACGAGGAAGAAGUUCCUAUUCCUUGUAAAAGGCCACGGACUUGUUGAUUCAAAUGAAACAGAGACUUUUUAAUUUGCUAGUUAAGAAACGUGGGUGUGGGGAUGACAAUAUCGAAAAGGGCGUGGUCAUGUGGCUACGAAUAGGCUGUGGUCAUACUGAUAUCAGGCGUGGUCAUGCGAAUGUGGGCGUGUUCAAACAAAUUAUAACAAGUUGUUAGAUGCAUAAGUACAAGUAAUUUCACCGUCUAUUUGUCCGCAUGUUUGUCUGUCUGAAUGUCUGUUUUCAUGUUUGUAAGUCUGUCUGCAUGAUCGUCCGUAUCUGUGUGUUAAACUAUACAUGUCCAAGGAAGAAGCUUGCCACAAUGCUUGGUGGUUGUUGACACUCAGAGUGGUACAUACAUCAUUUUGACUGUCAGAACGUUUGCCAUUUGACUAAAGCUCUUUCUUAUCUGUUGUUCAUAUCCGAUAUUUUUGUCGGUCUGUUUGUCUGCAUGUUUGUCCGUAUCUGUGUGUUAAACUAUUUAUGUCCAAGGAAGAAGCUUGCUACAGUACUUGGUGGUUGUUGACACUCAGAGUGGUACGUACAUCAUUUUGAUUGUCAGAACGUUUGCCAUUUGACUAAAGCUCUUUCUUAUCUGUUGUUCAUAUCCGAUAUUUCUGUCGGUCUGUUUGUCUGCAUGUUUGUCUGUCUGUCCGCAUGUUUGUCUGUUUUAAGUGCAUGUCCAAGGAAGAAGCUUACUACAGUACUUGGUGGUUGUUGACACUCAGAGUGGUACGUACAUCAUUUUGAUUGUCAGAACGUUUGCCAUUUGACUAAAGCUCUUUCUUAUCUGUUGUUCAUGUCCGAAAUGACGAUGUAUUAACGCACACGGUGUCUAGUACUAGGUACAAUCUUGUUAGGUUAUGCGAGUAAGUGUUUAUUUUUGUAAAUGUCAUCGGGUAACUUUUAUAAUUGUAGUGUAAGUGUAAUUGUGUAUCUAGCGUGUAAGUGUGUAUCUAGAGUGUAAGUGUGUAAUCUGGCAUGUAAGUGUAUAAUCUAGCGUGUAAGUUCGGUGUGUAAGUUGAUUACCUGAGCUAUUUUUUAUUGCCGAUCUGCUGUGCAGAUCCUAAUUUUAUAA